UUAUGAUAUUAAUAUUUGCUAUCAUCAUUGUCAUUUCAAAUGCUGUAAUUGAUCCUAUCACUGUUGAAAAUUGCAAAUGGGGACCAACAUAAUACAAAUUAGCUCAUUAAAACGAAGCUACAACAGAAAAUGUAGAAUUCACUUAUUUCACAAUUUGCAAGUCUCUGAAUCAUAAACUAGUCAUUGACUUUUUCAAUGUUGAUUCGUAGAAUUUCCUUUUUAUUUUAGAUACAUUGAUGCCCCUUUAACAAAAUGUAAUGAUCCAUUAUUUCAACAUGACGUCGAUGAAAUUUUCAUUGGAACUAAGACAGAAUAUUUAGAAAUUGAAAUCUCACCAAAUGGAGCUUUAUUCUAUGCAACAAUAGGCAAUCCUAAUGGAAGUUGCUCUAAUUUAAUAACCACUUAUAGAUAAUGUGAUGAGAUCUCCUAUUUUGCUGAAUAUGUCACACCAACUGCAUGGAAUGCUCAUAUCGAAUUACCCAUUUCUAUGUUUACAUAACCCAUAUAUGCCAAUUUCUUUAGAGUAAACAAGAUGAAAGAUCGUUCAACUCAUUAUAUGAGUUACAAUCUUAUCAAUUCAUCACCUGCUUGUUUCCAUAGACCAGAUAAAUUCAUUUAAUUGAUAGUGUGAAGU